CGAAAAUUUUGCUGGUAUUGUUGAGAAAAAAAGUUCAGAGCAAACAUCAUUUUGUUAAUUUCUUUGAUUUAGACAAUUUAGUCACAGAAAAAAAGAAUGUAUUAAAGUGUUAAUCAUCCAUUUGUGUACUUUCCAAAAUCCUGCCAUAAUUGAAGCUUAAAAUUUUUUAUCAGUAGUGAAAAAAUGUUAAAUUCCUGCAACUUAAAUUUCCGAUGUCUUGCACCAAAAGAUUCUGGCAGUGAAGAACUGCUUCCGACAUCAUUAAAUCAUCGAGAACCUGUUAUAUUAAAUGUCUACGAUAUGUACUGGAUUAAUGAGUAUACAACGAGUUUAGGUAUUGGAGUUUAUCAUUCAGGCGUCGAGAUUUACGGAUCAGAAUGGAGUUAUGGAGGCCAUCAGUUUAAUUUUUCAGGCAUUUUUGAAAUUUCACCAAGAGAACAUGAAGAGCUAGGAGAACAAUUUAGAUUUAGACAAAGUAUUCAAAUAGGAUCGACAGAAUUUUCAGCGGAGGAUAUAAGGAGGAUAAUCGAAGAAAUAGGAAAUCAAUUUCGAGGCGAUAAAUAUCAUUUGAUGAACAAUAAUUGCAAUCACUUUUCAUCUGCGCUUACACAAAUCUUAUGUGGCAGAGAGAUCCCAAGUUGGGUCAAUAGACUUGCUCACUUCUCAUCGUGUGUUCCCUUUCUACAGAGAUGUCUUCCAAAGGAAUGGCUCACACCGAACGCCUUACAAUGUUCAAUCACGGCGAUAAGAGAGACACAUGAUUCUGACACAAGUCCCCUUUGAUUCAUGAAAAGAUAUUUAAAUGCUAAUUACUAACACUCAACAUGAAACUUUCUAUCCUCUUCAUCUUAAAUUAAUUUAAAUUAAACUAAAGUAUCUAUCAAUUAACUUUAUAAAUAAAUAAUACAUAAAAAAAUUAUAAUAAUAAUAAUACAGAUAAAAGAUUAACAUUGAUUAAUUAAAUAAUAAUAAUAAAAAUUGUGAGAGA